GUGCUAAGAGCAAAUCCGCAUCAGUUUUACUCCAGAACUUGAGGUGAUCGAAGGUGACCACUUGUAAACAGUGUUUGUGUUUUAAGCUACGAUACAUUCAGUGAAAGUGACAUCAACCAUCCACCAUGUGGCAAAAGUUUGCACUGCUGACGGUGUUGGCAUUCUUUGCCUGCCAGCAGCUCGUAUGGUCGAAAACGGUCGCAGUGCCGGAGGUGGUCAAAAAGGUGCUGCCCCGUGCCGCCGACAGCGAGGUGCUGAUCGAGUUCGACCGGCUCUUUAACCAGCUGCACUACGACGUCGACUACAAGCUGCGUGUGCUGCGCAUGAACCAAUCGCUCGCGAUCAAAAACCUAAACGCCCAGUUCAUCUCGCGCUUCGGCAUUGUGAUCACCCAGAUACAGGAGGAGAAGCUGCGCGUGAAGGACGCCAUCCUGCAGCACGCGCUCGAGAUCGGCAACACGCAGAACCCGUGCAUUGUCGAGAAGAACGACGAAGCGCUCCGGCAGGCUACACAAUCGGCCGCCGACAUUAGCCUGGCGGCCGAGCUGGCCUACGCCGACAUGUCGACGGCGUCGCGCGUCUUCUUCUACCCGCAGGUGCAGGCCUUCCAGAACAGCUCGACCGCCCUGCAGAGCACGGUGGUGGAGAAACUGAGCCGCUCGAAUGCGGUGACGGAUUUGGACAUUACGCUCGCAGAGCUGGCGUACUACUACGAGGGCGAGGAGAACAAAAUCGAGCGUGUGCUGACCGGCAUCGAGCAGGAACUGGCCAACUUCCAGGAGGUCGUGAACAAUGUGCGCCGCGACAUCUGGGCAAUGUCCGAUACGAUCGCGCGUAACUUUGUGUUCAACAUGGGUCUUUUGCUCGAGGAUGCACUGCAGUGUUCGUAAUUUGGCUUUCCCUAGUCUUCCCGCUUCGGUGCGUUAUAUUCGCGGGGGGUUGAUGAUGCCAUCUUCCGGUUGAAUUUUGAGCCUGGUGUAAUAAGAUAUCGCCCGAAUCGAGAACCUAAAAGGGGCAGCGGACAGGGAGGAAUGGAGCGUAUCGCCUGAGGGUGUGUGGUGCUCAAUUAUCGAGAUAUGGCUUCUAAUAAACCCGUAUUUACUAGGUAAA